AUGAACACUGUUAAAUCUUUCUGGCUGGGCUGGGGCUCUCUUUGUGUCGCUGGUGGCGGUGCCUACUACUUCGCUAAGCAGCAGAUCAACGCCGACCGACAGGCUAAGAUGGAAGCCCACCGCAAGAAGAGACAGAUGAUUCAGGAUUUGGAAACCACAGAGGGCGACGGAAGUCCUGCCCGCACCGAUAGCACCGGCUCCCCAAGCCAAGAAGCAAGCAGCGACCCUGCCCCUACGAGACAUGCACCCGAGACCGAGAGCCAGCGAGUUGGAGAGAAGAGCAAAUACGAAAGUGCAACUGUAUACCGAAGUCCGAAGGGAGAUCGAUUCUCCUAA